AUGACGAACUGCGCCAGCAAGACGGCGGCCCGGCGGCUGCACCUGGAAUACACCAAGCUCCUGUGCGAACCCGUGCCGUACGUGACGGCGCACCCGCUGCCGUCUGACAUCUUGGAGUGGCACUUCGCGGUGCGCGGCCCGGAGAAGACGCCCCUGGAGGGCGGCGUCUACCACGGCAAGCUCCGGUUUCCCGCGGACUUCCCGUUCUCGCCGCCGUCCAUCUUCCUGAUCACGCCCAACGGGCGGUUCCAGUGCAACACCAGGCUCUGUCUGAGCAUCUCGGACUUCCACCCGGAAUCGUGGAACCCUUCCUGGUCCCUGUCCUCCAUCCUGACGGGGCUGCUCAGCUUCAUGGUGGACGAGACGCCCACGCUGGGCAGCCUGGACACCACGGCCGACCAGAAGCAGAAGCUGGCCCGCGAGAGCGUGCGCUUCAACCUCGAGGACAACGUGUUCUGCGAGCUCUUCCCGGACGUGGUCAAGGAGUCCCGCGCCCAGCUCGCCCUCGACGGCGUCAAGGGAGACAACCAGUGA